AUGUCCAUGGAAGCAUCCACGAAGCUUGCCACCAUAUCGCGAGACCAACUGCUUGCAGUGGUGCAGAAGUAUUACUGCGAUGUACGGCCGAAGAAGUUGAAGGCCCCGUCUACCUUUGUGACCAAGACCGACACUGCUCCAGCCAUCGAUAUGGAACACGACGCAUAUCUUGAAGGGAAAUUUGGUGCCAGUUCUGAGGAGAUGAUGGAGAUAGCACCGAGGGAAGUGAAGAAGAAGCAGACGCUUAACGGUUGA